CGUCCACUGCCCGGGCUCUGCCUUUCUCUCAGGUCUGGAAGCGGGUAAGGAGGCUAGAGGAAGGUGUGGGGCCAACGCCAGGAGGGCCGGGGCUCUGCCAACCCUUGGGCAGGCACAGCCGCUUGUAAGCAACUCAGGAUGGCCCGCACCUGGGAGCCACUGGCAACGGAGCUCUUUACAGGAGCUUUAGUAGCUGAAUGUGUGGGCAUUUGGGGGGCAUAUGUUUUGUUUAAUAAGAUGAACACAAGCCAAGAUUUCAAGCAAAGAAUGAGCAAGAAAUUUCCCUUCAUCUCAGAAGAUGAUUACAAAUCCAUUGAACAUUCUGCAAUACGUGGAAUCAGAAAGGAGGAUCAAGAAAAAUGGUUGAACAGCAAAAGGUAA